AUGCAUUUCACACAAUCUACAGCGCCGUCACAGCGCAUAUCACCUUCUGAAUCCACCAAGGAGCAACAGGAGCAGGUUCGGUCAAAUCGCCCGACUUUAUUGACCCUGCCACCAGAGAUCCAGACCAAGAUCUUUUCCCAUCUUGCUGUAUCCUGGGGCAAGUCAACCAUUCAAGAGGUUCUGAGAACCUGUAAGCAACUCUACGAGGUGGCACUUCCGAUUUCUGUGUCUAUCUUUCGGAAUACGAUAAACCAAACCGAGGGGCAAGGGCCAUGCUCUACUACUCGCAAUAUACAGUUCCUGCGCUAUAUUCUCAUCUCCAAGCCUUGGCUGGCCAAAAACGUUAGAACUGUUGUCCUUGGACGCAUUUCAUCAAGAGAUGGAGAAGUCAAUAAUGGCCAAGAAAAAUAUGGCAAAGCUUCAACAACUGAUGAAGAGAUUGCUAUAUAUCAACAGCAUAUCGAGCUCAUCUUAGGUCAGCUACCUUCUGGGUAUACUGAGAGAUGGGGUGUUGAGUGGGUAGAAGAUCUCAAAAGUGGCACUUCUGAUGCUCAGGCUGCUCUGAUCCUACUUGCCUGCCCGAACAUCCACACACUCCUAUAUGAGAUACCCGAUCAACCAAGACAUUUCCCUCAACUACUAAGUUUCAUCCACAACUUGGCAGAGAUCAGUCUGUCCAUUCGUACCUCUACUCAUUCGAAAAUGAUCAUCCCACUCUCCAAUCUCCAAGAUGUUUUUCAUGAAACGUUGGACUAUAAUCGCGGCUACUCCCAAUUCGGAAUGGAGGCACCGGAGUUCUUUGCCUUCCCUCGACUUCGGUAUUACGAAUGCAUUCUGGCCCAUGUGUGGUCUGACAUAGCAGGGAAGUUUGAACGCCUGCCACGUAGGUCAUCGUCGGUUGAAGAGAUUGUUCUUCACGCUUCUUAUAUAAAUAAGGACACACUUGAUGGCAUGCUAGGUGCUUGUAAAGCACUUAGAAAGUUCGAGUUUUCUCAUUUUCGGCUCAAUCGGUGGCUAGGUGCUCCAUGUCUGAUGAUGCCGGGAGACAUUAUGGAUGCCAUCCUGCCUCACGCCAGCACGUUCGAAUCCCUCUAUCUAAAUAUGGAAGAGACUUGGGAUAAAGAAUGGAAAUGGAUCGGUUGCCCCGAGCGACUGUACAUGGGGAUGGGCCUUCGUCAAAUGUGUACGCUGAAGAGGCUUGAGAUUGGCAUGCAAGCCCUCACUGGAAUGCUCGGAUGGGACCCUGAUACUCGCAACCCAGUCGCCCCUAAAAUGCCGCUGAGGGUAAAAGGAGCCCCCAAGAUUGCCAACUGUCUCCCCGAGAGCCUGGAAUGCCACAAAAUUCAUGAAUGUGGAAUGCCAAUAUUGGAUCAGGCGGCCGAGCUGAUCCGGGUGGUUGAGCAAGGCCAUGGCUUUAAAAGGCUUGCCUAUAUCGGCUUGUUAUUCAACGGGUGGAAAAUGGAUCCAGAUGUAGAUUUCCCAAAAGCCAGGAAGCUAACCUGCAAUGCUUCCCAUGUGCGCUUGGAUAUUGCUUUUCGGGAAGAACUGAUCUACCUGUGCGAUUUGGGAGAGACCGUAAGAAUAUCGGACACUGAUCAGCGAAACUUGACGUCUCGUAUAUAUGCGCCACAUAUCAGAAAGAUGUACCUGGAGACGCGAGGGCAACCUGACUUAGUGCUUUUGGACGACCCUGAUCUGUAUGACGAAUAG